AUGAAUUUAAUUAAAAUUGAACAUAAAAAUAAAAAAUAUUAUAGAGUUGAUUUUAAAACUUCUUUGAAAAGUGAUAAAUAUCAAAUUUAUGGAACCAUUUUUAAUAAAAAUUCUGAAAAAUGUUCUGAUAUUAUUAUUGUAUUUAAAUAUUUUGAUCAGUAUGGAUUUUCAAUAAUCAUUGAAAGGUUUGAUGAAAAUCAAAAUGAUGUUUCUCAUAUCAUAUGGGCAAUGGUUGGUUCUCCUGCAAAAAUAGGAUUUUAUAGCAAAAACACCAGAAAUUUAGAAAUGAUGAAUAACAAAGAGAGUUUUGGAACUGACUUAGGUGAUAUCUUUAACAUGUCUUCAUUAAAUAACUCUCUUAGUAGAGUUUUUGGAAAUUUGCUUGAUGAUUACUGA